AUGAACACAUAUUCUCGACGAUCAGUACCAAAACGUAAUCAUCUUGAUCAUUUUGCUACUAUUAAAUAUCCAUCAACAAUUGAAUCGGCUAUGAAAAAAAUUGAAGAUAAUAAUACAUUAGUAUCUAUUGUCAAUAUUCGUGCUAAUAAACCAAUGAUUAACCAAGCUGUUAAAAAAAUGUAUGAUGUUGAUGCUGAAAAAGUCAAUACAUUAAUUCGACCUGAUGGUGAAAAGAAAGCUUAUGUUAGACUCAAGGCUGAUCAUGAUGCACUUGACGUUGCUAAUCGAAUUGGUAUUAUAUAA